AUGAUGAUUAUGAUCUAUGCAAAAGAUUAUAGUGCAGCUGAAUUAAAUCGAUUACGUAUUACAAAACUUUACCGAAAUCAUUUAUUGAUAAGUCCAACAAUGAAAAAUACUACUCAAACAAUAGUAGCUAUUGGUCUAGGAAUUAUUGAAAUCGAAGGAAUUGAUCCACAACAACAGGUUAUAACACUUAAUGUUAAUUUUGAAUUAAAAUGGUGUGAUGAUCGUUUACGUUGGAAUACAAGUCAACAAUUAUGUUUAAAUAAACGAAAUCGUUCGACAAUAUUUUUCAGUGCAAAUGAAAUAUGGAUACCUGAUAUAAUCGCAAUAAAUGGACCAGGAAAAACAGAAAAAGAAGUAAAAUAUCAAUAUCCAAUUUUAACUAUAUGUACAGGUAUUGUUCGAUGGUCAUAUCAAGAUAAACUUGUAUCAUAUUGUGAAAUAAAUGUUGAAAAUUUUCCAUUUGAUCAACAACAUUGUUCUAUUAUACUUCAAUCAACUAUAUAUGAUUUAACUAAAUUAAAAUUACGUAGUUUAUAUAAAGUUAUACAAUUAUAUAAUUUUAUAAAUACAGAAUGGAAAAUAAUACAUGCAACAAUUGAAGAAAUUGAUUUAUAUAAUCCAUAUUAUGAACGUUAUUUUAGUACAAUUAAAAUAAAUAUUAAACUUGUACGUCAUUCACAUUUUUAUAUUGUUAAAAUUCUUUUACCUUUUUCAAUUAUAUCAUCACUUGGAUUAUUUUCAUUUUGUUUACCAAUAGAUAGUGGAGAAAAAAUAACACUUACUGUUAGUGUUUUACUUUCAUUAACAAUUUAUUUACAACUUAUAUCAAAUUAUGUACCAAAAAAUGAACGUAAUCUUUGUAUAUUAACAUUAUAUUCAAAUAUAAUAUUUUCAUUUAUUUUUCUUUCUUGUCUAUUUAAUAUAUUAACAAUAUUUAUUUAUUAUCAUGAACAAUAUUUUUUAAGAAAUAAAAUAUUAAAACAACAACAAAAACAAACAUUUUUAUUUACUAUAAAUCAAUCAUUAUUAGAAUUUAAUCAACAACGAUUAAUAGUAUUUGAAAAAUAUCAAAAUAUUCAAGAAUAUUUACCUGAACAUAUUAAUAUUAAUAAUCAUGAAAUUUUAUAUGAUUUAAUAUAUAUACGAGAAUUAUUAAAAGAUUUACUUAUAGGAAAAAAUUUUAUUAAUUUUCAUUAUCAUUUAUUUUAUUCUCAACAAUCUAUUCAACAAUUUGCUAUAUUAAUUGAUCGAAUUUUAUUUUUUAUUUAUCUUAUUUCAAUGCCAUUAUGUAUGAUAAUAUUAUUUAAAUCAAAUAAUCAAUCAAAUAUAUCAUCAUCAACAAUAAAUCAAUUACUUGAUAUACGUAAAACAGCUAUUGAUCCACCACCAAUUUAUCGUGGAUGUCCAACAUAA